CAGGAGCAGGUUCUGAUUGGCGACGCUGCUGCUGAGUUAUGCUAUUGGAAUGCGCUCCUUAAACAAACGACGACAAACAAACCAAAAAAAAAAUAACAACGAAAAAUAAAUUAAUCCGUGAAAAUUGCAAUUUGUGAAUAUUAUUGCAAAAAGUGAAAUGCCGCUACAUGUUUGUUUGAGCCAAAAGUGAAAAGACAACGCAGCCAGACAAAAAGUCUAAGACUCCUCCUGUAUUUGUGUUUGUGCUUAUGUGUGUGUGCGUGUGUGUUUGUGGGUGCGCGCACAACAAAAAUAUAAAUAAAACACACAAGCAGCGCCCCCAACGUCAAUGUCAAUGAAUGAAGUUGAUAAAAAGUGAAAUAAAAGGCCUUUAAUUGCCGCUGCAGUCAAUAAAUCAUCAAACGAAAAUAUGAAAGCAUCUCUGGAAUUUCGUGUGUAAAAUUAGAAUCACAGGAAAAAGAUACAAAAUACACUAGUGUAAUGCCAAAGAGGCAUACAUCGUAAAGUGCGUCCAUAGUUUCUCCACUGUGUGUGGAGGAGAGGCGAGGCAUCAUCGGCAACAGCUCAAUGCUGCUGCUGCUGCUCCCCACUUCUACUUCCUGCCCAUAUGCUAGCUCCAACAACAGCAACAACAACAAAAACGCAACGUGCUCUCCUCUAUUGCUACUGGGGAUGCUGCCAAUUGCCGCCGCUGUUGUUGCCUUUUGCCGUUUGCCUGCGCCAACUUCACAACUGAGCUGAGAAAGGGCGCUCUACGUAAAGCCAACUGAAGUGAGAGAGCGAGCGCCAGUGAGCGCGCGUGAGAGAGAGCGUGUCGUGAGUAUAUCGCUAUGUGGUGGCUGUGAGCAGCAGGCAGCAGGCAGUAAGCGGUGCCACAAGUGAGCAGCCUGUGAGAGAGAGUGAAUUCAUUUCAAUUCGUAACGUCAACGUAAUCGCACGUAUCGCGCAAUCGUCGUCGUGUCGCGCAACUGCAUCGAAAACGAAAAACGGUUAAUGGCGAAUUUUAUCGCGCCAAACGAAUAAUAUUCGGCAAACACAUUGAACGAAAGAUCGCACGUUCGAGCGAGAUCAAAAGUGUGUGUGUUUUAUGCGGGAAGUUUUGUAAGCUACACUCAAGUGAGUGCCCGUGAUUGUGACUGUGAGUGUUUUGUUUGAGUGCUUCGAAUGUUUUGCUGCCGACAGCAAAAACAACAAUAAGAACCUAACAACAACAGCAACAACAACUAGCAAUAACAAUAACAAUAACAAUGCCGCAAUGCUGCGAUGCUGAGAAGUGAUGAUGUUAUGAUGUUGUUGAUAUUGUGAGUGGAGCCAAGAGCACCAGCAGGAUAUUUGAAACGGUGUGCGUGUGCGUGUAUGUGUAUCUGUAUGUGGAUGUGUGCUUGCUUGCGUGCACUGCGGCACCACAGGCAACAUUAUGUGAAGUGUUCAAUUUAAUGAAUAAAUGAAUAUACGCGCACACACACACAACCACAUCCACACAAAUACACAUGCAGCUGGCAGCAACUAUGAAAUAUUGACGUGCAGGACGCAGUGCAAACAAAACAGCAACAACAACAGCAACACAAAAAAGUGAGACUCAACUGAAUAGCGAUAAGGUUACAGAUGCCCUAAACACACACACUCUCACACACAGAGACUGCUGGCAGGCUUAAAAAGGAUACGAAGGAGUAUACAAGGCAGUAACUGGAUACAUGUUUACUCAUAAGAAGGCGCUCAGUCUCUGUCCCUUCUGUCUUCGAGCAACGUUGCCGCAGUGCAGCAGACAACAAGAACAAAUAACGCCAACGCAUCGUCGUUGUGACAUCAACGUAAUCCAUCUGCAGCUAAUGCCAGCACACAACAGCAACAGCAACAGUCGCAGCAACAUUCUCAGCAACAGCAGCAGCAGCAGGUGCAGUUGUUGGUGUACAGGAAACGAAGAGGAACGCAGGACAAGACAAAAACAACGACGUGCUUUGCAGUGAUAAAAAAAAAACAAACACACUCAACACACACUGACAACGAAUUAUAAACGACGAGUCAAGAGAAGAGCAACAGCAACAACAGCAACAAAAAAGAACAUCGAAGCAUGACGUCGACGUCAUUGUCAUCGGUGAUUAAUAAAGCCGGAAAUGUGAUUGUAGUUUUAGUGAGCCUACAGCUAAUAUGGCUAACAUUAGCCGGCUGUCGGGAGCUGCCACUUGGCAUUGAUUAUGGCAGCAUGUCCGCCUCCAUAGAGGAUGUCGACGUCAUCGACACACAGGUCACCGAGGAGAGUGCAUCACCGCAUCGAACUAAUCUCGAUGCCGCACUCAGUGGCGAGGAUAACAAAUCAGCUGGCAGCGCAUCCGGCGGCGCAGCAGCAGCAGCGGGAGUAGCUGGAGCUGGCACUUUGCUGGAGGAGUUCAAUGGCGGCAAACUGAGUGCAGCCGAGGCGAGCAACACGCUGCCGAUCUUCCUCAGUGAGCCGGAGAGCGUGUUUGUGGUGAAGAAUCGACCGGCGGUGCUCAAGUGCAAGGCGUCGCAUGCGUUGCAGCUGCACUUUAAAUGCAGCGGCAGUUCACAGCCACCGCCAUCGACGCACGACAAGCACGUGGAUCCGCAUACCGGUGUCCACAUGGAGGAGGUGACUGCCACCAUACAUCGCGAUCUCGUCGAUGAGUACUUUGGCAAGGGGCCCUUCAAGUGCGAGUGCCAGGCGUGGUCGUCGCGCGGCGUGGUCAAGAGUCAGGCUGCCACGGUGCACAUAGCAUACAUUCGCAAGUCCUUUGGUCAGUCGCCCACAUCGCUGCGCCUCGAGCUGGGCAGCCGGGCGGAACUGCAUUGCGAGCCGCCCGGCGGUUUUCCGGAACCGAAGCUCAGCUGGCACAAGAACAAUGCAGUCAUCGGUGUCGAGCCAGGCGAGCCAGGCAUCACUGUGGCCGGCAGCAGUCUCACCUUUCGCCAGGUUGCGCUGCAGCAUAUGGCCAACUAUAGCUGCAGUGCGGAGAAUAUUGCUGGCAAACGCGUCUCCGACUCGGCUGUGCUCAUUGUCUAUGUGAAUGGCGGCUGGAGCGCCUGGAGUCCGUGGCGUGAGUGCAAGUGCAGUGGAAAACCGAGUCAGGGACGCAAGCGAACGCGCACCUGCACCAAUCCGAUGCCCUUGAAUGGUGGCGCCCAAUGUGCUGGUCCCCAGAUCCAGAAGUCCGCCGACUGUGCCGCCUGUCCAGUUGCACGCUGGUCCUCGUGGAGCGAAUGGAGCAUCUGUUCCGCGGAAUGCAUACAAGUGCGUCGCAGAAAAUGCCUGACACAUGCCACUGGCAACGGCAACGGCAACAGCGAUGUGGCAGAUGAAGCCGGCGAGCUGCUGCCUGGAGGUGUGGGCGCCGCAGCCCUAAGCAGUCUGGGAAGUAGCAGCGAUGGCGCCACGAGCAGCGAUACUAACAACAACAACAACGGAGAUGCUGAUGGUCCAGGAUAUGGCAAAUCAUUGUGCGCCGGAAAAGACAUACAAACGGCCGAAUGCCGUGGAGAGCAGUGUCAGAUUGGCAAGGAUGACUUCGAUUGGACACUGUACUUGGGUCUGGCCUUCAUCACGGCUGUUUGUUUUGCCUUUGGAGCGGCCCUCAUCUGCUGUGCCCGACGCGGCAUUCGCGCCAAUCCACACUAUAACAUGGCACGUUCAGUUAUGGAUGCGGAUUACAUGCCCGGCGUUGUCGACAAGAAGGAGAUGCGCAUGCACAUCGAGGCCGCCAAUUUGGGAUACGAUUAUGUCAAUCCCGGACAUCGUUAUUUACCUGGCGAGCACAUCGUCGGCAUGGGCAUGGGUGUUGGAGUCGGUUGUGGCGGAGUUACCGAACAUCAUUACGAUGUGCCCAAUCUGUCGGCCAACUAUACAAAUCCCAUUGACGAUCUCAGCGGGGAUUACCUGUCGGACACAGGUGACUCCUCCACAGCUGACACCUCCAACUCAACUUUCGAUAUGAAUGCCAAGCUCUCGAUACUGAAUACCUCGAAGAGCACAAGCUACGAGCUGCUGGGCAGCAGUGGCGGACAACUGCGACUCUAUGGAGGCGAACUACUUCUCUUUGUGCCCGAACUGGCUAUUGGCAAGCAUCUGAAGAAGCACGUGUCGCUGAUGCUGCUGAGCGACGAAUGCAGUCGCAUUGCCUGUGCCACCGAGAGCUCCAUUCUGUGCAGCAGCGUGGUGCACUGUGCCCCUCGCAACUACAGCUUUGUGAAGCCCGUGAUACUGAAGAUCCCGCACAGUCUGUUGUCCCCAGAGCAGUGGCAUGUGCACAUCUAUCAUGCGGAUAGCGAACACGACGAUCUCAAUGUGAGCUGGCGACGCGCGGUGUCUGUGGGCGAGGAGACCAUCAAUACCCCGAUGUUUGUGCAACUGGAGCCGACGCAUGUUUACAUCAUGACCGAGCAGCUGGGACACUUUGCGGUGGUCGCCGAACCGCGGAUUCAGCAGCCGGCGAUCAAGAUGAAGUUGUUGGCCUUUAGUCAACACACGCCGCCAAGCAGCGCCAAUUGCAGUCUACGCAUCUAUGUGGUCAAGGAUUUCCCCAACAGCAAGGAUAUUUGUGCGAAUGUCGAGUGCAAAUUGGGUGGCAGUUACCUCGGUGAAAGUGAAGUCUUUGCCUUUGUGCUCAACAGUCGCAAUUUGAACAUACGAGUGCGUUCCACCGACGCCGAUGCAGCGCCCUACGAACAUGCGAUUCCCUAUCAGCACAUCCUGAGCAACAAUUCCAUACUGCACUGUGAGUUCAGUGUGCGGCAGCGGGAUCAACAUGCUCUGUGCGUUGACUUUGGCCAGGGCGAUGAUCUGGACUUUUAUACGUUUAGCAUUCCUUCACAGCCGCUGGGAGGUUCAGCGGAGGAGUUGGCCUCGACGACGAAUACGACGAUUUCGAUUGAUCGCCAGGGCAACUAUGUAAACGAGAGCUGUGUGCUGGACUUUGUCCAGCUGCCACAUGCCACAAAGCGUCUGAUAUGCGCCGCCCUCGAUCCGCCGCGUGCCGAUGAGCGCGAUUGGCGGCUGUUGGCGAAGAAACUUAGCACCGAUCGGUAUAUUGCAUACUUUGCCACCAAACCCUCGCCCACCGAGCAGAUCCUCAAUCUGUGGGAGUGUCGGGCGAACAAUUGCAGCAACGGUAACGGUAACAGUUCCACGUCCAUUUCGCAUGCCAACACCAUUAUGGCGCUGCUGUUGACGCUCAAGGAGAUGGGACGUCAGGAUGUGCUGGACAUCAUUGUGGAGACAAUUGGACCGCUCUGGAUAUAGAGCGAUAAACACCACGAAUUAUAAGCGAAACAACAACAAAACCGAAAAUGUUCAUGAGUUGCCUUUUAUUUGAAAAAAAAAUCACUAAAAAACGAAAGAAAUGUAAUCGAAAAUUGCAUCGAAAUGAAACGAAUUGAAGCAAAGAAUUCAAAAAAUAUGAUUAUGUAAUCAAAGUUUAGAUGUAGACAUUAUAUAGACACAUUAGUUGAUAGAUUGUACUAGUUACAUAGCAAGAAAGAGAGAGAGAUAAGUUAGAUGUAGUGAGUACGAUGUGAAAUACUACGACUUCGACUACUACUACUACAACUGCUCAAACGAACUCUGUUCCCCAUGGGUGCCAUGCAUUUUUGAUACUACAGACAUAAGGUAAAGAACGCGUACUCUAGAGUUAAAAGUUAUGUAUGUGGCUUAGCAAACUUAUAGUUUUAAACACUCAAAUUCUAGUAUUACACACAAACUAAAAUAUUUAUAUAUACCAUAUAUAGUUAUAUAUAUUAUAUAUACAUAUUAUGUAUGAACGAGUAUUGUAUAUUGUAUUUGUAGAGAACCAACCGAUCCCCGAUAGCUCAAGCACACAUAUAGCCGGCGUCUAUAUGUGCGUCAAGAAGUUGCAAACUGUUUGCCAAAUUGUUGAGUUUCUCAACCGACUCUAGUUAUAGCCGAUUAACCAGGAAUGACAUGAUUUAGUCUACAACUAUACACACGAACUAUAUAACUGAAUGAUAAACAUUAGAUUAUACAUACAGACACACACAUAUAACGCAUAUAAAUACAACGCAUACAUAGUCUAUGAAUUUAGUUGGUAGUUUCAUGAAAAACAAAAAACAUAAAACAAAACAACAACAACCGAGUAGCUUGUUAGACAUACUCAAGUGAUAAUCUUUGUAUUUGUCUUUAGUUCAUAAGUCAAUAAACUGUCGUUUAAAUCGUUAAUCCAUCAAACAACAACAACAACAACAUCAACCAAGAAUAUUUCAUCGAAUAAUAGCAAAACAAAUAACCAAGUUAAACAACUACAAAAACUAAUUACACUAUGAAUAUGAAUAGAAUUUAGCCAUAAAUGCAACACUUGCAACGUGCAACAUGCAACAUUCUUCAUGAACUAACUGAAUUGACACAGUUCCGAAAACUGUGCAAAUGUUUUGUUUGAGAUACAGAUAAACGAUUUUUUUAACUGCUGUAGUUCUUAUGUAUUUAUAUAUGAUUUAAGUAAAUGACAACACAACGGAAAAUAAAAAUGAAUAAAGACGUUAC